AUGGAGGGGUUUGUGUCUAACCUAAUGGUCUGCAACCUGGCCUACAGCGGGAAGCUGGAGGAGUUGAAGGAGAGGAUUCUGGCCAAUAAAUCCCUGGCCACUAGGACUGACCAGGACAGCAGAACUGCGCUGCAUUGGGCGUGCUCCACCAGACAUACAGAAAUUGUUGAAUUCUUGCUGUAACUUGGAGUGCCAGUGAAUGACAGAGAUGAUGCAGGUUGGUCUCCUCUUCAUAUUGCUGCUUCUGCUGGCUGGGAUGAGAUUGUAAAAGCCCUUCUGGGAAAAGGUGCUCAAGUGAAUGCUGUCAAUCAAAAUGGCUGUACUCCCCUACAUUAUGCAGCUUCCAAGAACAGACAUGAGACUGAUGUCAUGUUACUGGAAGGCGGGGCUAAUCCAGAUGCUAAGGACCAUUAUGAGGCUACAGCAAUGCACCGGGCAGCAGCCAAGGGUAACUUGAAGAUGAUUCAUAUCCUUCUGUACUACAAAGCUUCCACAAACAUCCAAGACACUGAGGGUAACACUCCUCUACACUUAGCCUGUGACGAGGAGCGAGUGGAAGAAGCAAAACUGCUGGUGUCCCAAGGAGCAAGUAUUUACAUUGAGAAUAAAGAAGAAAAGACACCCCUGCAAGUGGCCAAAGGUGGUCUGGCUUUAAUACUCAAGAGAAUGGUGGAAAGUUAAGCAGCUUGGAUUUAUUGUUACUUCGUAUGUUUUGUGGUUGUCCCCUAAUGUCCUGGAAACUAAUGUACUUGUGCACAAGACAUCAUCUAUGAAUGAGGAAGUUUUUUCAUCUUCCUAGUCUUAUAAACAUGUUGACUGCUGUUUCUGCUGAGGUAUUUCUUAGCUUACACCUUACUUU